AUGUCCGAUGGCUAUGAAGGGUUUCUGUCCUUCGACUGGUCAGACGAGCGGUGGCGGACAUACCUGAAUGGCCUUUAUCCACCACCGAACCAGGAGCAGAUCGCCAGAUUUAAGAAGAAAUGGUACAAGAAGAACAUUGACUCCAGCUUCGACGACAGCUAUGAAGCUUCUCGACCGCCUCCCUCGGAGCCUCUGCCAGGGCCACAACCCAAUGAGUAUGGGCCCUUGCCAAAAAGUAUUUACCACGAUGGCUCUAGGUGGGGUUCGAUAGGUCCAAAAGCCACCAUUUGUUUUGGAGCAUAUUCUAUUGCGCUUUUGAUGGCCGUGGGCAGCUGGGCAGGUGUCUUUCCACCGCAUCACGCCACCAUCAUCAUGGUUGUUCAGCACGGCAGAUGGCUGCCAGAACAAGAUGAAAGAAAUGAACGAGCUGAAAGAGCUGACAGAGCUGAAAGGAUUGAAUUUAGCCAAACUCAGGCAGAGACAGAAGAAGUGGAAGAGGUUCAGGAUAAGACCGACAGCGGUAUACCGAGUAUGAUGGUCUCACGCAAGAGCAGGAACCUUUUCACCCUGAAGCAUUUCAAGAUUGAUCGAAGUCUUCUCAGAGGCAUUCCCUUGAGAGAAUCUCUGAGAUCUUGCGGAAGUCUUUGGGUCACAUCACCUUUAGAGCUGCAAGAUGCAGAUCGAGCUGGACUUUGGGAGAAAUCCCGCAACGUAGAGAGCCUUGAUACUUUCCUAUCACAUACCUGGCAGACCAGUGGCUGGCGAAAGUUUCUAGCUUUGCUGAUGCAAUCAGGAGCGACUUGGUUUUUGAUUGGCUGGGUUAUUGGCGCUACUAUCGGAGCAGUGCUGGACAUCAUGGACGUCCUUCCUCCAACUGCCAGCUAUGAAUGCAUGGAUGGAAAUUGCCAGCGAGGAAUUUGGAUCAGGUGCUUUGGUUUCUUUGGAUCUGCCAUUGGCCUUUUCGCAUCUCCUUACGCACCGAGUUUCUUCGCAGGGACACACAUGUGCUUCUUGGACGUUGUGAGCAUCAACCAAGUUGAUCCGGAACUCAUGGAUCGCGGGAUCUACGGCUUGGGCGGAUUCUUGGCCGCCUCGUCCGAGCUCCGCAUUUUGUGGUCACCACCAUAUCUCUCCAGGUUGUGGUGUGUCUUUGAGCUCGCCGCAUUCAAGAAAGCGAACCCAAGUGGGAAAGUGGUUCUGAAGCCACUUUUCCUGGAAACAUUGAUCUUCUCUAUCAUUCUGGCUAUUUAUGGAAUGGUGGCUGUUGAAGAGAUCAGGUUCAUGAUCCGGCUCAAUCGGAAUUCGAAUGGUGAAAGUAACGGAGACACUGAUUCCGCGGAUUCCUCUAUCUUUGGAGCUGGUGGCAUUGAAGCCCUUGUGGGAGGUCUUCUUUUGCUACCAACAAUUCCCAUGCUCCACAUCAUCCGCAAGCUCUUCAGAGAAAAGAAAGAGCUGAUCAGCAAUUUGCGAAGCUUUGACUUAGAAAAGGUGGGUUGCCGCACCAACCGUGACAAAAACUUCAUCCACUCUGGGAUUCGAGCGUGGUAUGGAAGCACUGAUGCUUUUGUCGAGCAUGUGAAAGGCCCUUUGGCAGAUGAACUUACAGAACCAUUCCAACGUACCGAUCUUCCGACCACCAGUUGGCUUAUGGUUGCAACACCUUUCGUCGCAGCAACCUUGGACUUCUUUGUGAACCAAUGUCAAUCCACUGGCGUCCCAAAAGAGGGGCUCUUUUGGCUCUUUUUGAACCGCGUGGUGUCAGCAAAUUUGUCCAUGCUGCUACAACUACGCCUGGCACUUUACCUUUGUGACCGUUUUGCAGCUGCAGAAGCAACCACGGUGCGCGACUUCGCAAAGAGCAUGUUUUUGUGGCUUGUGGAGGGUGCAGUUGUGGCCUUCAUUCUGGAGAUAGUCGCCAAGUUUGGUGUGAAGCUUUCAAAAGCAUACAUGCACAAUGUGCUGGUGGAUGAUGUUGGUACCCGGCUCAAUCAACUGUUGAUAGGUACAAUGCCCAUUAUGGCUGCGACGGUUCUCAUGCCGGGACUACACCUGAAGGCCGCUUUGGACGGCUUACGCCUGACAGCCGGCUGCCAGCAGAGAAACGGCCUGAAGUCAGUGUAG